AUGGAUUCAUUCGAUUUCCCGGUCGCCAGAUCGCCUCGGAAAGAGCUCCAGGGUCCCCGCCCGCCGGCGCUCAAAGUCCGCAAAGAUUCCCACAAAAUCAAGAAGCCUCCCGUCGCUCCCAACCCCAAUCCACACCCACACACGAUCCAGCAGCAUCAAUCCCACCCGCACUCGCAGCCACGCGCCCCCAUUAUAAUCUACACGGUUUCCCCCAAAGUGAUUCACACCAAUCCCGGCGAUUUCAUGAACCUAGUUCAACGCCUCACCGGCUCUUCCUCCGCCGCGGCCUCCUCCUCCUCCUCCAAUCCUUUCACCGACGAUCCCGGCGCGAUGUCGCCAGCAGCCAGGUACGCGACGAUUGAGAAAGCGAAGUCCCCCAAGGAUAAGGGGAAUUCAUCGAUUUAUCCGCAGAGUGGGAAUGGGGAUUUGGGGGAUUUCUUCAUGGAAGGGGUAGAAAUGGGUCAACUGAUGGGGGGAUCUCAACAGGGCUUGUUGCCGCCAGGGAUACUGUCUCCGGGACCGGCUUCGCUGCCGCCGAUAUCUUCGAGCUUCUUCUUCUCUCCACCGUCGUCGGCGACGGCGGCGGAUCCGAGCUCGAUAGGGUUUUUCCACGACCUUGUAAGCCCCGCGGGGCAACUACAGAGCAGCAGGAAUUUCUUGGAGAGCGGGCUGUUGCCGAGCCCGUCGAGCUUCGUCGCUGGCUUCUCUCCGCACAUGAAUUUCGUCGCCGGGUUCUCCCCUCACACGAAUUUCGUCACCGGGUUCUCGCCGCAGACGAAUUCGCCGUUCCCGUCGAUUGACCUCUUCAACAAUUUCAACUCCGGCAACUUUGACUUCUGA